GGUAAUUUCUAUUGUUAUGGGCGUGGUUUAAUUAUUAGUGGGACUCUAUGGAGUUUUCGUUCAACGUGAAUUUAGUUCUCAAGGAGAGACUGACCGUUCUUCAUGGCGGGGGAGGAGGAGGAGGGAGGCUCAAGAGCUUCAGGAGAGACCCUCACAAUAGCGAGAUAGGAGCCAUAGUGAACGAAAUGGGCGUUGCCUCUUCAAAAGCACAAGGUUUGAAGGCUCCAAUUACGUCAUACGCCAGGUUUAUGCAGUUGCCUGACCAGACGAUAUAUCUUUUAAAAGACUCUGAAAUGAAUAAUGGUAAUGGCAGUGUGUUAGGUUUCAUUAAAACAGGUCGAAAGAGAUUAUUCCUAACAGACAACAGGACAUUACUGCAUGAAGUAGAGCCAUUAUGUAUAAUGGACUUUUAUGUUCAUGAGACACAGCAAAGGAGAGGACAUGGAAAGGAACUUUUUGAGAACGUAUUACAGGAGGAGGGGCUGAGUGCAUUUGAAGUCGCCAUUGAUAGACCUUCAUCAAAGUUUCUUAGUUUUUUACAGCGUCACUAUCAAUUGAGUAGCUAUGUGAAACAGAACAAUAAUUUUGUCGUUUUUGACAAGUUUUUCACAACUUGUUCUCACGUUGAUCAUGGGCGUGGCAUGCACAGGAGGCACUCCCUCCCUUCGUCAAUGCAUGCUAACACUAAUGGAGUCACUGCUGGGAGGAGUAGAGGAUUGAGAAUGUCUUUAUCACCAUUGAAAAAUAACGAGUAAGUACAUGUACAUGUACAUGUAAUUUUACAGGUGUAUUUUA